GGAACCUGUGCUGACUUCUCUGCACAGGGCGCCCCAGUGCCGGGAGGCCGGAGCUGGGAGCCGGAGGCCGGAGACAUGAAUAAAAUCUUCCCCCAGGGAGAUGGCAAUGACAAUGCUGCUGGAGCCAAAGCCCUCCCUGGAGGGGAAGGCUGCGGCCCCCUCUGCUGCUCGAGCAGGGGUGCUUGCCUCUCGGCCUUCUUGCUGCUCCUGCUGGUGACUCUCGCAGCCCUGAUCGCCCUGGUCACCAUCCUUGGACUCCCACCGCGCACACCAGGGGCCCAGAUCUGUGUGACGCUGACGAACAGGACAGGCUUCCUGUGCCACGACCGGAGGAGUUGCAUCCCUGCCAGCAGGGUCUGUGAUGGCAUCCGCACCUGCUCCCACGGCGAGGACGAAGCCGAGGCCAUGUGCCGGGACAUGCCCCAGAGCCUCCCCAGCUUCCUCGUCGCCCACUGUGGAGACCCAUCUUCCUGGAUCUAUUCAGACCAAAAGUGUGAUGGGGCCAACAACUGCGGGGACUGCUCAGAUGAACUGAGUCCAGACUCACCGAACCACAGAUGUUGGAACUGGGGAGAAACUCAUAGCCCAGCUACGCUUUCGACAAGAGGACACCGGGACCAGCUCAAAGUGGCACUGUCUGGUGGCCAUCACUGGGAUUCUGAGGGCCACCCAGCAACUCCAGGUCAAGGUGGGAAGGCAAAGCUGGUCCCAUUAUUACAUCUUGGCUGCAUUCUGAAUCCAUUGAACAAGGCAGAGGGAGGCACACUCCCAGAGUUUUCCAGCCCCACCCACUUGCAGAUUCGCUCUACCUCAUUCAUCAAGAAGCCGGGGUCCAACCAUCGCUAUUUCAUUUUAUAGGCUGGGAGACUGAGGCAAUGACUCAAGCCUGCUAGCCUCCACAGAGGGGAGUGGUGGGAAUGGAUGAGAUUAAGGCCUGAAAAAUUUCCCACUUAGUCUGCUCAGUGCUGUGGGGAAAUACUGGACCUGGGAGUCAGUCCAAGAGGACACCCUGACUUGCCCAGCAAGUCCCCCACAUGGCUGAACCUAGCUCCCCAUCUGUGCAGCACACUGAGAUUUACCAAGCACUUGGCUUAGAGGAUCCUUGUUCUCAGGCCAUUAUCUUCAUACAGUUUCCCACAGGGCAGUCCUGGAAUCUGCCACUUCAGAUUCUUGGGGCAGGGGGAGUGUUGCUUGAUUAAAAUGCAGGUUCCGUGGUGCCUGGGUGGCUCAGCAUCCAUCAGACUCUUGAUUUGGGCUCAGGUCGUGAUCUCAGUUCCUGGGAAUUAGCCCCGCGUUGGGCUCCAGACCCACGUGAGGCUCCGUGCUCAGCGCAGAGUCUGCUUCUCUCUCUCCCUCAGCCUCUCCCCCUUGCUCGUGCAUGCUCUCUAAAAUAAAUAAAUAAAUAAACCUUUAAAAAGUAAUUAAUUAAUUAAAAUACAGGUUCCCAGGGCCAACCAGCAAUUCCAAAUCAGAAUGGAGUGGUGGAACUUAUCUGCACUUUUUCUUGCUCUUUUUUUUUAAACAGAGUCCUCAAGUGACCUUUGGAAACUUCUAGGAAUCACUGAUCCAAAGCCUAAGCCAGUGAUUUUCUUCCCAAGAGCUACAACACUUACUAGAUAUGUUAAGUUAUAUCAUCCCUUUCUGCUCCUAAACUCAUGAGCAUUAUGUGGCAUGAACUUUCUUUAAUCAAAUGAAUCAAAAUAGUCUUUCUUGACCAUUUCACCGAAACCUUUGAGAUGACCAGGGAAAUUUGACAAGCGUAGAGAUUGCCAAGCCUAAAGGGGACUUUCAAGGUCAUCUAUCCAAUCCCACACUGAUUGUCUGUGGAUUCUCUCUGUACCAGCCUUGCCAAAUGAUUACCCAGCUUCUGGUUGCACACUUCUGACGAGGAGCUUGCUACCUCUCGUAGUAGCUGUGAGCUUAGAAAUUUUUGUCCAUUACCGACUCAAAUCUCUCCCUCUCUUUAAUUAGUUCUGGAUCCAGAAAAUUUAUCUGUUCCCAGGAAAGCCCUUCCCCUGAAAACAGUUAACCAUUGCCCCCUGAGGCCUCUCAAGCUGCACAUCUCCCUGGUCAUUUGCUGUUUCUGCUGGGAUCAAGGGUUUCAGUCUCCUGAACAAGCCUACUUGGGGAGCUGCACAGGGCUCCCUGCACUGGCCUGUCACUUGGGCUGCCCCUCGCUCUGUGGGAGCUGACUGCUUUCCUGAAGGGGGAGGACACAUACCGCAGAGGGCUCCCCUCCUCUGCUGGAUUGCUCCUUGGGCCGUAAACACGUGUCACGUCUCAGUCUGUCCGAUAUAAAACAGCCUGCUUCUAUGCCAGCUUCUCCUCGGACUACCUUCUCAACUCCAAUUCCAACUGCUUGUUCGUGUCUCCCCUGCCCUUCCUGCACCAGGGAAACACUCCUCUCUCGUGGUUUCCAUCACAGGGCACUGUUCUGGCUUCCUCCUCCUUCCACCCUUUCUUCUCAGUUGACUCUUCCUCUGCUUCCCUUUAAAUGCCACCACUCCCAAGGUCUCAUUAGCCACCUGCCCACCCCAUUUUUAUCUCAGCAGCUCAUAUGUUGGUGGCAGAGUAUUUUCUCCCCUGGGAGAAGGUGAUAAUGGCUAUUCAGCCAUGCCAUAGGGUGGGGGGAAUCCCACACUGAUCCAAAUACAGAACAUUUUGCAUACAGUUCCAGGUUCUUAGCCUGAAGCCUGUUCUUCCUGCCUGAUCUCAUUCCCACCCCUGGCUUCUUCCCAGUCUCUCUCCCAGGCCCAUAACUCUCUGGCCCCUCAGACUCACGGAUCAGUGAUCUCCUGGACAGUUUCAUCUGGUUGUCCCACCUCAAACUUGACAAGCUCCAAACUGAACUUAUCUGGCCCCCAAACUUGUUCCUUCUCCAGGACUCCCCCUCUGGGUGGUUACUGACCUCAGUCUAGAGACCUUGACAUCGUCUUUGACCACUCCCUCUCCGGGAGAUCAACACCAAAUCCUUCCAGGUCUCCCGCCAAGCUCCACCGCUGCAGUGUCUGUGUUGUUUGUCAUGGGUUGCCAUCACUGAGCAGUUGCCUGGUGCAUAUAGAUGCUCAACAA